CAGUUUAAUAAAAUCAUAAAUUUUCUUCAGUUUAAUAAAAUCAUAAAUUUUCUUCAGUUCAAUAAAAUCACGAAUUUAUUUCAGUUUAAUAAAAUCAUGAAUUUACUUCACUUUAGAAAAAUCAUGAAUUUACUUCAAUACAGUAAAAUCAUAAAUUUUUUUCAGUUUAAUAAAGUCAUGGAUUUUCUUCAGUUUAAUAAAAUCAUGAAUUAUUUUCAGUUUAAUAAAAUCAUAAAUUAUUUUCAGUUUAAUAAAAUCAUGAAUUAUUUUCAGUUUAAUAAAAUCAUGAAUUAUCUUCAGUUUAAUAAUAUCAUGAAUUUCCUUCAGUUUAAUAAAAUCAUAAAUUUUCUUCAGUUUAAUAAAAUCAUAAAUUUUCUUCAGUUUAAUAAAAUCAUAAAUUUUCUUCAGUUUAAUAAAAUCAUAAAUUUUCUUCAGUUUAAUAAAAUCAUGGAUUUUCUUCAGUUUAAUAAAAUCAUGAAUUAUCUUCAGUUUGAUAAAAUCAUGAAUUAUCUUCAGUUUAAUAAUAUUAUGAAUUAUCUUCAGUUUGAUAAAAUCAUGGAUUUUCUUCAGUUUGAUAAAAUCAUGGAUUUUCUUCAGUUUGAUAAAAUCAUGGAUUUUCUUCAGUUUAAUAAAAUCAUGAAUUUUAAUCAGUUUAAUAAUAUCAUGAAUUUUAUUCCGUUUUAUAAAAUCACGAAUUAUCUUCAGUUUAAUAAAAUCAUAGAUUUUCUUCAGUUUAAUAAUAUCAUGAAUUUUAUUCAGUUUAAUAAUAUCAUGAAUUUAAUUCAGUUUUAUAAAAUC